AUGAUCCUGGCGAAUCAGACCGGGGGCAAGCAUGGCGCUGGUUUUAAGAAGGCCAAAGGCCGCAGCACCAUCGAGAUCAAGUGCCUGGGCUCCUUCGAGGGCCCCGCCACGGGCAUGUUGGUGACGGUGGGCUUUGGCAGCCGGAAACAGAAGGCCCGGGAGCUGGUGAGGCACAGCUUCGCGGAGAAGAGCUGCUGCCCCCUGCCCAAGGGCAGGGACCCGGUCUGGGAUUUGAAGGCGGCCUUGUGUAAGGUCAUGGUGAUUGGCCCUGCAUGGACGAGGGGCGAGAUUGAGAAGCCGGCCGGCUCGAAGGACAUGGGGACUUGGACGGCAGCCGCUUCGGCCUUACGCCAGCCGCCCCUGCCUCAGAGCAGUCGACACUGGCGGCUCGCCUGGAAGUUCACUGCAUCUGAGGCGCGAAUUUGUGGAGCUGUGGGCCCGGCAUGGACGAGGGGCGAGAUUGAGAAGCCCGCCGGCUCGAAGAGCAUGGGGACCUGGACGGUCUACACCCCUGAGCAGCAGGCUCGGCUAGGUGUGGAUGAAUCUGGUACAAAAGUGACCGCGGGGAACUCGGGCCAGGUGCCAUUUUUCACUGCAUCUGAGGCGCGAACUUGUGGAGCUGUGGGCCCGGCAUGGACGAGGGGCGAGAUUGAGAAGCCCGCCGGCUCGAAGAGCAUGGGGACCUGGACGGCGAACGUCUACACCCCUGAGCAGCAGGCUCGGCUAGGCCAGAUAGGCAGUCGACACUGGCGGCUCGCCUGGAAGUUCACUGCAUCUGAGGCGCGAAUUUGUGGAGCUGUGGGCCCGGCAUGGACGAGGGGCGAGAUUGAGAAGCCCGCCGGCUCGAAGAGCAUGGGGACCUGGACGGCAGCUGCCUACACGCCGGAGCAGCAGGCCCGGCUAGGUGUGGAUGAGUCUGGUGCAAAAGUGACCGCGCAAAGGUUAGGAGCUGUGGGCCCGGCAUGGACGCGGGGCGAGAUUGAGAAGCCCGCCGGCUCGAAGAACAUGGGGACCUGGACGGCGAAAGUGUACACAGAUGAGCAGCAAGCUCGCUUAGGUGUGGACGAGAUGGGGCAAAAAGUGCAGGCCGAGGCUGAGCGGCCUGCGAAGGCGGCCGCAGCGCCAGCGCCGGCGCCCGCUGCCGCUCCCAUCACCCCACAGUAUGCUGCUGCGCUGUUGCAGUCUGAAAAGCUGCUGGCUGACAUGUGCAAGAAAUACUUUCGAAAGUAUGAUGCAGACAAGGAUGGUUGCCUGGAGCUUGAGGAGAUCAAGACUCUUUGCGGGGAUCUGCACUUCAGCCUCGGCAUCGAGCUGGCUGAUGUGGCCGCUCAUGGCUUCGAGGUCUACGACAAGGCGCUGGAGGACUCUGUGAAGCCCUACUCAGAAAGCACAGGUGAAGCCAAGCUCUCUGAGGAGGACUUCCCGAAGUGGUUCUCGAAGGUGCUGGAGGACAACGUUAAGGCGCAGCUGGCAAAGGAGCAGCCAAAGCAGGAGUCCGAGAUCCUGCUGCUCAAGGUGAAGGCUGUCAGCGGGGCUAGCACGACCGUGGAGGUCCCCGCCUCCGCCACGGUGGCGGACUUCGCGGAGAUGGCCUCGGCGGCGUUGGACCUGCCCUCGGCCAAGACGAAGAUCACCACCGGGGGCGAGGUCCUGUCAGACUCCCUGAAGCUGGCAGACGCCAAGCUGGAUUCUGGCUCAGAGCUGACCGCCGUGGUGAUGAACACCAUCAAGGUCAAGCGGCACGUGUACAAUGCGCGGGGGGGCGCUCCACCGUACAGAGGCUACAACUUGGUGGCUUCCGACGAGGUAGAGCUCCUGGCGGCUUCGCCUCUGAAAGACGAGUGGGACAAACUGGUACCUGGCGACGGAUACCCUGGCGAAGCAACAAAGUUUUCUCCGACGGUGCUGGCCUUCCAAGCCACGCCAAGCGCACAAGUGCCACGAAAAUGGGAAGGUGGCAUGAACGAGGUCCCUGUCAGCGAGACUAGCACGGCGGAGGAAACCUUUGGUACAGAUGGUGAAGCUCGGAGCCCGGCAUUCCUUCAUUUGCAAGUGGAAUCAGAGGCCCGGGCAACAAAAUCUGAGGUCGAGCUUGCCAUUCUCAUACCGAUGCGGGGCUUUGACUGAGGCAGGUCGUGUUCGUUACAUUAUUUGCCGCGACCACACGGCACAGCUCUCCGCG